CUUGCUUAAAGUCAGACGCGUUAGCUGUCUGCUUGAAAACUGCUUUAAGCCGACGAAUUGUGAAGCGCAACGAUCAAGCAUAUUGAGUAAUAAUUUAACAAAAUAAAAAGAUGAAUCUCUUGACUGUUGGUGCUAUUUGCCUACUUAUGCCGGCAUUUCUAGUUAGUGCUGAGCUAUGCGGCCUUCAACCCAAUCCGUCGUUGGGGUCCACACGUUUAAACCUUUAUCGUGGCCAGCAGGAGUUCAGUGUCUCAAUGCUGGAUGCCAUACGCAAGGCCACACCGAAUGAGAACGUCUUCUUCUCACCCUACAGCACUUAUCAUGCCUUAUUGUUGGCCUAUUUUGGCGCAACUGGCGAGACAGAGCAGCAGUUGCAAAAGAUCCUCCGUUUAAAUUGGGCUAAGAACAAGGAAGAGGUACGAAGUGCCUAUACAAUUGAGAAAGCCGAUCGUUUGAGUCGUGCUGAUAAAAUGCCUUUGGUAUUCAAAUCGGCGGAUCGCCUAUUUUUCAACAAAGACAUCACUCUAGCCAAUUGCUUGGAGAAUCGUCUGAGUGAAGAGAUUGCCCAAAUGGAUUUUAGCAGUCAUCCAGAUGAGUCACGGAUAGCAAUUAACAAUUGGAUAGCAAAUGUUACAGAGAAUGAGAUCCGGGAGACGUUAGCCGAGGGCGAUAUCGAUUCACGCACUCAAGUCGUCUUGGCCAAUGCCGCAUAUUUCAAGGGACAAUGGCAAAGUAAAUUCGAUUCGGCUAAAACUGAACAAAUGCCAUUCUAUACGUCCAGCAAGAAAAUGUCAUUGGUGCCCAUGAUGAGACAAAAGGGCAAUUUCGCUUUGACCACUGACGAGCGUUUGGGUGCCUAUGUUCUACAGAUGCCAUAUAAGACUACCAAUAAGAAUACCAAUGCCAAUGAUGAUUUUUCAGUGAGGGAUGAUGAUGAUGAUUCGGAAAUUUCCAUGGUUAUUAUUCUGCCACCAGUUGGUUUGAAUUCUUUGGAGCUAGUCUUGUCUAAUUUAAAUGCCACAACAUUGUCCCAAUCCCUGAAAGAGGGUAUUCAACGUGAAAUUGAUGUUUCCAUGCCGAAAUUUGAUUUCGAACAGCGUUUGGAAUUGGUGCCUAUUCUGAAAGAAAUGGGUCUGAGUACACUUUUCGAGUCCGCAGCCACUUUUGGUGAUUUCUCGACGAAUCGUGAUAUAAGCUUCAAUGAUGCCAAGCAUGUGGCCAAAAUCAAGGUAGAUGAAGAGGGUAGCACUGCAGCAGCGGCUACAGUUUUGGUCAGUUUCCGUUCAGCACGUCCCAUUGAGCCGACCAAAUUUGAGUGCAAGCAUCCAUUUUUGUUCCUCAUCUAUGAUCAUAAGGCCAAUGCCAUUCUCUUUACUGGCAUCUAUCGUGAUCCCAAGACAAAAAAGGAGUAGAUUGAUGAUCAUACAGCUGGAAUGUUCUUCUUCCUAUGACAUGUUUUCACACCUUUCACCUUUUUAACCAAAAUUCUUUAUCGACUGUUAAGAAAACUGUGUAAACUAAUAAUCUAUAUAUAUAAAUAUAAAUCUAAUACGAUAUUUAUCUAUAACAAA